AUGGACGUCAGUGCCGAUAAAUCACCAUUAAUUCAGCCUGAAGAGACUUCAAACAAAUCCAGUUUUCCUUCUAUUACAGUUAUCAAACCAAAACAUCCAAGACGCUACAAACUUUUACCAAAAGACAAACUCCGUUUCCCUAAAAAUGAUACUUCAAAUCAAUUUUGGCGUAUAAAUGACUAUACAAAACAUAUGCCUCUUAUCGAUGUAAAUUGUGAUGACGAUAGUGAAGAGUUUGACGGCGCAUUGUUCCAAAAAGUUGCCAAUAAAGGCUUAUGUGACUAUUUAAAAAAUGAUCGACUGAUUCAUAAUCGACCAAGUUUAACAAAUACCGAUAACUAUGAUGAUUGGGAUUUGCAUCUUUCAACACCGGUUCAACACAGAACACAAAUUUGUUGUCCAUUCAAUUGUACAUUAUCAUGA